CAUUAUGAGUUUAUAGUCAUGCCCUUUGGACUAACCAACGCGCCAGCUACUUUUCAACGUUGUAUGAAUGACCUGUUUAGACCAUGGUUAGAUAAAUUUGUAGUAGUCUACUUAGAUGAUACCCUAGUCUUUAGUAAGACUCUUCAGGAGCACCAGGGUCAUCUGAGGCAGGUCUUGGGGAAGCUUGGAGAGGCUAACUUCAAGAUCAAUGCGAAGAAGUGCGAGUGGGCCAAGACGCAAGUCCUGUACUUGGGCCACGUAUUAGACGGAGAUGGCAUUAAGCCCGAGGACAGCAAGAUAGCGGCGAUUAGAGAUUGGCCGACGCCCCGCACAUUGACAGAGUUGCGGUCGUUCCUAGGCWUARCUAACUACUAUAGGAAGUUCGUAAGGAACUUCUCUACUAUCRCCGCUCCCUUGCGCAGGUUGCUGAAGAAAGAGGCAAUCUGGCAAUGGGACAAAGAUUGUACGUCUGCGCUCAAGAAGUUAAAGCGCGCGUUAAUAGAAUAUCCUGUCCUCAAAGUAGCAGAUCCGUCCUUGCCAUUUGUCAUUACCACGGACGCAAGUCAGUAUGGGAUAGGCGCCGUGUUGCAGCAAGGCGACGGCAAUGGCUAUAGACCCGUAGAGUUCAUGUCAGCGAGGAUGCCCUGUGAUCCGAUAACGACAUUUGUGCCAGCUGCAAUCAGAAAGGAGGAUGGGACGGCAAUGGAUGUUGACGACUCAAUCAAGAACUCUCUCAGAGAUGGUGCAAAGGUCAUAGUGGAGUACGGACCUGGUCCUAUUGCCUACAAGACGCGUUGGGAAGGAAGACCGCCAACCCCGACUCUUGAUCUUCUUGAGCUGGAAACGCCUGCUGAACCCGAUGCAUGGGUGAUGAGCCUAGAUUUAUAUCCGUAUGGGUUGGAAAAGGAGAUUAUACAGAGCAGGCAGCCUGGAGAUAAAUUGUUUGAUGUGGAGUUGGAGUUGCAGACCGUCAGAGCUGUCCUCAUCAGAUACGCAGGUGUUUUACAGGCCAUGUUCCUGUGGUAUAGUUGCCAAGGAAAGGAACUCAAUGAAAAGGACUUUGGCAUCAUGGCCGUGGACCAAUUUGUGAAGCUAGCGAUAGAUGCGAAACUCGUGAGUGAAUGGUACACAGUCACUGAAGUCAACGACUGCUUCCACAAACCGAUCGAGGCGAAGAAAGGACAGAAGACCGCCUGACCUAGCCCAGGCAUUCGCCCGUCAGACCACCCGCCAUGUUGUCCCUCCGUCCAUGCAGUCUGAGACCACCUGACCUAGCCCAGGCAUUGGUUCGUCAUACCGCUUGCAAUGCUGUGCCUCCGUCCACACAGACUGCCUGACCUAUCCCAGGCAUUCGUCCGUUCAGCAUCCCAGAAAAAUAAGAAACGAUUGCACAAGUGCCCAACACUUAUUCAUCACGUCAUAUCCCCGACCCCCAUCCGCAUCGAGCCGACUUCUCUCUCCGCCGCAGAGCUUUGACGUCACCGCUUUCUGGGCACCAAUCGCGGCAGCAGCAACUGAACUGUGAAAGUUUUGAAAGCCUUCUCUGUCUGUCCCAUAACAGUUAGUGUGAACUCCCCUCGUUCUGCAACACCGACAGCCGAGCACCAGUCUGCCUCAGACCAAGAGUUUCGUUUCGAGCUGUGAAGUCGCCACCACUUCCUGCACGCGCAACAACAGCCCCCGACCUGUGAAAUCAAACUGCGAAAAUUUGCUCUCUGCACGCACAAACAACACAGCCGCAAUGCCUUCGGAAGUUUCAGACUGUGAAAAAAUUGCCGCUCUUUUUCUGCACAACAACGGCAGCACCAGUGCGCGCCUCCAAGAGCUCUUCACACUGAGAAAAUCGCCACCCUCAAGGCCGCCCUUCGACGACAUACAGUGAGAACAUUAUGCUGCCCAAGUGCUCUUCACAGGUAUGAAUCAGAGCAUCUAUUACGACUUCGACAUCCUUGACUGAAUCUGGCUAAAACUGCGGUCAGAUUCGGCCGAAAAAGCGAAAUUCCGCCUGCCCAAGUGCUCUUCGCACGGAUGAAUCAGAGCAUCUACUAAGACUUCGACAUCCUUGACUGAAUCUGGCUAAAACUGCGGUCAGAUUCGGCCGAAAAAGGGAAAUUCCUAGCGGAAUCGAAAGAAGGUAUUUAAGUUGAAUCAAUUAAACGGCCCCCCAGUGGCAUUCAGGAGGUUGUGGGUGCAAACCUCGUGACCGUCUGCAGUGGAACUUAGUGCCAACCCGGCUGUGAUAUUUUAGUAGGGUCUAUGACCAACACGGACAGGGGUGAAUGUGAGCAUGUGGGGGUUGUGUGUGGUGUGUGGGAGUGUUGGCCAUAGCCACUACUGCUGCUCGAUGGGCGGCAGGGGAAGAAGAUGGGAGGCGCAGCUACUGGCGAAAUGCCCUGUCUUUGCAUUAGAGGUGUCUGCUCCUACCAGCACCCCUAAAAAAAAAAAAAAAAAGAAGCCGGCCCCCCUCCCACCCGCCGCCCCACCCUACUCCCUGACCACCGCCGAUUAGCAUGAGGGGGGCAACAUGCACGCAUCCCCUUAAUUGUGAGAGGUAGCUAAUAGCUAUUGCUUGCACGGGUCCUCUGUAUAGGCUUAGCAGCAGUGGUAAGGCUAAUUCUUUUCAGCCCAACAAAUUUAAUUACCUGUC